AUGGUGCUGUCGACGACAACUGGAGCCAAGCAUGUCCAGGACACAGCAGAACCCGCUGUGUUCGGCUGCGAAGUAGACGAAGCACAACGACAAUCUGUCUCUCGGGUCGUCGACGACGACGGCAGCGACUUUGUGACUGCAAGAGAAGACCGCGAUCUUCGCCGAGGCCUACAUCAGCGGCAUAUUGGACUCAUUGCCAUUGCUGGAGCCAUUGGCACCGGUCUCUUCCUUGGUCUCGGAGGGUCCAUUCAGACAGCUGGACCUCUGGGCGCUCUCCUGGGCUAUGGCACCGUCGGCCUCGUGGUCUGUGCCGUGCAAUUCGCCCUGGGAGAAGUGACGGCCUUGUUCCCCGUCACUGGAAGUUUCGUCCGACAUGCCGAAGUCCUAAUUGACCCAGCGCUGGGGUUUGCCAUUGGGUACAACCUUGUCUACGGCAACUGUCUAUCCAUCCCGACCGAAAUCACCGCCAUCUGCGUCCUGUUCCAAUACUGGACCGACGUCAACUCGUCCGUGUGGAUCGUCGUCUUCAUCUGCCUCACCGUCAUAGUCGGCAUGUCCUUCAUCGGGAUCUACGGCGAAGUGGAAUUCUGGUUCGCGCUGCUCAAGAUCGUCUUCAUCGUCUUUCUCAUCCUGCUGGGUCUGAUCAUCGACCUGGGUGGUGUGUCGGGCAUGCCCCGUAUAGGGUUCAGGUACUGGAAGGAACCGGGCCCAUUCGUGGAGUACAUCGGCAGCGGAAGCUGGGGCCGGUUCCUGGCGUACUGGGCCGUCAUGAGCAAUGCCGUCUUCAGCUUCGCGGGCGUCGAGAGCAUCGCCAUGGCGGCCGCCGAGACCCGGAACCCGCGCGUCGCCAUCCCGAGAGCGUGCAAGAGGGUGUUUAUCAGGGUCGCCACGUUCUACAUCCUGGCCGUGCUCGUCGUCGGCAUGCUCGUGUCCAGCGACGACCCGAGACUCGACGACCAGUCUGGCACGGCCGCGCAGAGUCCGUUCGUCAUCGCCGCGAGCGCCGCCGGCCUCAAAGGCGUGCCGUCCGUGGUCAACGCCGUCGUCAUCACCUCGGCUUGGUCGUCGUCGAAUCAGGCCUUGCUCGCGGGAACGAGGGUUCUGUACGGUCUCGCACUGAAGAAACAGGCGCCGGCCGUCUUUCUCCGGACCACUCCCUGGGGCGUACCGUACGUGUGCGUCCUGUUCUUCUCGGCGUUCAUGUUCCUCGCCUUCAUGAGCCUGUCGGAGAACGCUUUGACCGUGUUUUGGUGGUUGGUCGACCUGACCGCCUGCGGUGUCCUCGUGUCAUGGAUCACGGUGCUUGCGAAUCAUUCGCGCCUCAUGCUCGCCAUGAGGGCACAGGGCAUACCACUCUCUCGACUUCCUUGGCAUACCAAGUUCACAGAGUUCUCAACACCAAUCGCACUCGUCAUGUGCAUCGUUAUUCUCCUGACUGCUGGAUUUCCCGUCUUUACGAAGGGGAACUGGAGUACGAGCAAUUUCGUCUCUUCAUACCUAGACAUCCCCCUCGUGAUUACAGCCUUCGUGCUAUGGAAGCUCGUCAAACGCACCAAGAUUGUCAAGCUCUCGGAGGUUCCUCUUACGGAGGCUCUUGAGCUGGCCGCUGGCGAUGUCGAGCCUGUGCCAGAGCUUCCAUUCUGGCGAAAACUUGUCGGGGCUCUCUGGGACUGA